CUUAUGCGCGUGCUUGUUUCUCAAACUUCCGCAAACUCUGUUUGGAGUCGGUCAGUCAUCAUGUCCAACAACAACGCUAGCAGCAGCAGUGUGGCCGUGGCGCAGAAAGCCGUCAAACAGCUCAGACUAGAGGCCAAAAUACGACGAAUUAACGUUUCUCAAGCUGCCACAGACCUGAAGAACUUCUGCCUGCAGAACGCCCAUAAAGACCCACUGCUGGUGGGCGUGCCAUCCAGCGACAACCCCUUCCGCCCACCCAAGUCCUGCGGCCUCCUUUGAAUGACUGCUGUCUGAUUAUGCAAAGAGCUUGUGAAGCGUUGCAGAUGAUGUGGCUGCCUUCAAGUGUCUGUUUCUACCUUUACACUACUCCAUAAAGACCUCCUGGAGCACUACACACACAAACACUAGUUAGCGUAGCAAAAAAAGAGAGAAAUAUUCCUCUGUGUUAAUUUUCUUCACACUUAUUUCAUAUCUGCACAGUUGCUGUUUAUUUGUCUGAACUGUAUUAUGAAUAAUAAUAUGUUGACUGAAUUUACACUGUAUGGUACAAUCGACUCUAAAACCCAUAACACAUCACAUGUUUUGAAAGCAAUUUUAUGUACCAAACACUAUUUUACUUGUGAUGCGUAUUUUAUACAACAAAAACACUUCCUUGAAGACUGUAUGAAGUUUUCCCUGCAUUAUGUGGAAGGAAUGGACAAAUUACACUAUUAGAAUAUUUUUAUCUAAAAUGACAUGAGAUUUUUUUUACUAUAGUUCUCUACUAAUUUAUGACCAGCAGGGUUUGGUUUGAAAGUCAUUUUUAAACAUCCUCGUUUCAGAUCUUAACAAGCUUGAGAGUUGAAUCAGGUGUGUUUGAUGAGGAAAACCUUCAGUGUGUGCUGUGUUGACGAAACCCUGAUCACCUACUGAAUGAAUAUGUUACAAUUAAAACUGUUUUCUUGUUUCAUUGACUUUUUGCUGAACUGACUUUUAAAAUAAAGUGUUAUUGACCAUUUA